GGGCUCACGGGAGACAUGGCAGUGGUCGGACGGAUGGACACACUCCUGCUGCUCGCUUCAUCCGAGUGGCGCUGGACCACGGAGGACUCGCCAGUGCGCAGGAGCGCGCUGCAGCGCCAUUAUGAGGAGGAGGAGGAGGAGGACGUCCCAUGUCCGAGCAGGUGUUCGUGCUAUAAAGCUCCAAUAUCAACUGUUCCGAACACACUCCACCUGCUGACUGCCAUGCCUUCCUCAAAGAGCUCCAAUCACUGGACUUUAUCAGAGUUACUUGGUCAGAGGAGGCUGCUGGGGCUCGGAGCUCUGCUGGCGUGGCUUGUCCUCUUCCAUCUCCUUGUGAACGUUUGGCUCCUCUGCAUCUUCACCAGUCUCUUGGUGGUCCUCGGGGGUUGGCUCGGUUCCCGUGCCGUGCUGGACGCAAACAGCCUCCUCCACCUGGAACAUUUUCUGCCCCUUGGCGUGAUCAACCCACCGCUGUAUUCGCCCGAGCACGAGUGGAGGUUGAACCAUGAGAUCGACAGUGCCGUCCACAAAGCAGUGCGUGACUUUGUGUCCUCGUGGUAUCGUACUCUGCUGCCAGAGGUGGAGGGGGAGUUUGAGCGUGCGGUGCGUAAUUCAAUGUUAGAGUCGGUGAUGGAGCUGAAGGAGCGUGGCCGGCGUGUGGACAGGAAAGCGCUGGUCCAGCGGCUGCUCGAGCUGUAUGGCUGUCACCUGCAGAGCUACAUGACGGCAAAACAGAUACAGUCAACACAGAGGGAGGCCGUCAGCCUCUGGCAGCUUUACAGCAAAGUAGAUUCCCCUCACCCAGCAGUGAGAAGUGAAGCCACUGAGCUCAGCUACUCAAGAGCGCUAGUUAACCUGGUCUUACAUGUGCUUGUUCCGUACCCUCAGAUGGAGACAAGGACCGGAGGUUACAUGGUCACAGAACUCAUCACCUGCAACGUGCUGUUGCCACUUAUAAGCAGGGCGUCGGACCCGGACUGGCUGAACCAAACCAUUGUAGACAUAUUCACCAGGUCCAGAGAGCCACAGGAACUGGAUGAGCACCCGACAGCUGCACUGUACAGAUGUCAAAUCCCGCGGGAGUCCUGGACCACCUGCAGGUCACUGUCUUCCUCCGAACAAGCAGGCCUCUCCAGCAAGAGCUCGUCGGACCUUGAUGAUCAGCAGAGCCACGGCACGUUCUGUGACUGGGACUCCUCGCAGAGCAGCCUGGUCAGCCUGACAUCUGUGGAGAAAUUGGAAAGUUGCCACGCAGGUUUGCUCACACCAUGCAAAGUGAACUGCUGUUCACUCACAUCUGGCCAUUGCUCCCUGUCAUCUGAGUCCAAAAUUAUUUCACUGGACUCCCUGAUUCAGUCGGACUCAGAGGACGAGCUCACAGGAGGCCUUUGUGACUGUGGUCCUCCAACGAACUUCUGCAGCGUGAGCCCCUUAAAGGACGACGAGGCCUUCGGCUGCUUCGGUCCCCUGAAAAAUCUUGGGCCGAAGGUGGUUGUGCCGGAGGACUCCCAGUGGCCAGCAGGUAUAGCCCAGGAGAAAUCCCCAUCUUGCUCUCCGAGAAGAUUUUGUCUAACCUCCUACAACUUCGAUUCGCCCAACAACCAGGCUGCACCUGUGCAAAUCCAGAACGUACAAAUUUCUGGUACUGUCGCCGCAAAGGAGCAGCGUGGCGCUGGCACACACCCCUACACUCUCUACACUGUGAAGUUUGAGAAACUGGCCGAAGCAGAAAACGGUGCCGCUCUGCAAUCUGUCGCCUGUCACUCUGUCAACCGGAGGUACAGCGAGUUCCUCAACUUGCAGACACGUUUAGAGGAGAAGCCUGAAGUCAAAAAAUUAAUCAAGAAUGUCAAAGGUCCAAAGAAAAUGUUCCCUGACCUUUCAUUUGGCAAUGCGGACAGCGAGAGGGUUGAGGCCCGUAAGAGCCAGCUGGAUACGUUCCUCAAACAAUUAAGCAGCAUUCCGGAGACGGCCAACAGUGAGGACAUGCAGGAGUUCCUGGCUGUCCAGACAGAUGUCUGCACAUAUUUUGGAAGAAAACCUUUUGUCAAGUCAAGAAUUGAUAAGAUGAUGGAAAAUGCUUUAGACACAUUGAAGACGGCGUUCCCUUACCCUGAGCCCCUCAGUCCAACAGAGGACCUUGAGGGAGACACCGAUGGAAGAACAAUGGACCACAGAAAGUAUCGGAGGCUUAUGUUCCCGAGCAAAAUUUCCCCAUCUCUCAAUAUACCCGACUUGCACCCGAAAGUGACAUACUGCUUUAGCGAGGGCAGCGCCGUCCUCAAUGGCAUGCCGCUGUCUGGCCUGGAGAGCUUCGUCAAAGAGCAGGAAAUAAUUUUAUGUGGGCAGAACGAGAAAGAGACAACCAAGCAGAGCUGUGGGCAGCCUGACAGAGACAAGAAGACUCCAGGGAAAACUCACGGGACAGGUUCAAAUUUACUCAGCAGUCCUAACACAGCUGUGGCAGACGUAGCUUUGAAUAUCUUGUGUCUGCUGAUGAAGGACCAGUGGAGUUGGCUGUGCACUGAGAAUAUACAGAAGACCAUCAGACUGCUCUUUGGCACCUUCAUUGAGAGAUGGUUGGAUGUAGGAGUUGCCCACCUUACCAGUGCCCCCUGCUGGGUGAUUUACCUACAAGUGUUGCAGGAAGCUGUGUGGCCAGGUGGCACGUUACCUGCUCAACCACGGCCGGAGCGCAGCGCUGCUGAAAGGGAGGAGACUAAGGAGCAAUGUCUGGACUGCCUAAUGCAGCUGCUCCCAGAGCUCAUCACGGAGAUGCUCGGCCAUGAGAAGUACAGACUGACCUUGGAGACCAUGCUAGAGUCUUUACAGGACCAUCAGAUUAACAAGCAUCUGAUUUACUGCAUCUGUGAUCUUCUGCUGGAGCUACUGAUCCCUGAGUCGUGCGAUGAGGCUUCCCAGAGGGCCCUGCUGCAGAGCCUGACUAAAGACCCAGAGAGGGACAGUCCCCACACAUGAUCAGGACAUGCUAAAACACGCUGCUGCCUCACAGGUGGAGGCCACUGGUGGAUGAUGUGCAGUAUAUGUGUGUGUGUAAGCGUUGUGAUGAAUUCGGAUUUUAUGAGCAGCAUCCGUGCACAUACACUCUCAGUGUUGAGGUUAAAGCUUAAUCUGGUCCAGUUACUGUAACACCUACUUUAAGAAACCAGCACCAGAGUGUUGGUUUUACUGUAACUUUUUUAAGCUGUGGUUUAACAUUUGAUUGACAAGGGAAAUUUUUUAUGAUGAAAAAAAAUAGCAGGGUAAUUUGAAUAGACACAAAGUAAGGUCGUCAGUUAACUGCACACUUUAUUUUGAGUAAUAAUUUUGAUUGAUUUGUUUUUUUCAUUUGAUAACAAGCUUUUUUAACAAAAUUGUGCAUAUUUUAGCUUUUAAGUGAAACUUCAAAAUGGAUUGUCAUAAUAAGAGUUUGUUCUGGCAAUGGCAGUCACAUUUUCAACAACAGCUGACCACCAUAACAACAUAACGGAAAAACCUUUGAAACAUGUACUUUCAAUAAUUCAUCCAAGAUCUCAGACAGAUAUUUCACUGAUAAAAGUGCUUUAACAAGGGUUAGUGUCUAUGAGCAUUUUUGAUCCUGACCAGCAGAAUGAAAAAUAAUCAGAGAUGAUUCCUUUGAUGAGGCUGUAAUAGCAUGCAAGAUUAUCACCUCACUGCGUGACUUAUGAAACCACAGUGAAAAACGCUCCCUUUAUAUUUGACUUGAGUGGCGAAUAUUUUUAUAUUUAUAUUUUAUUUUUGUAUUUUUGUCUUUUCAGGGGAGUUUGCAUGUUCCCCCCGUGUAUGCAUUGGUUCUCUCCGGGUUCUCCGGCUUCCUCCCACAGUCCAAAGACA